CUCGUGGGCUUCCUAAAACCACCCACCCGAUUGCAGCCCCAAAAACUAACUUUUCGAGUUCUUCAUUUGCGAGGUCUAGACUGCAGAGCCUUGUACAUAAUCCCAACCUCGAUGGAAUGAUAAAAGCUUGAGGUCGAGCGGUUGGAGAAUGGCGGACACGAAGCACAGGCGACCUGCCUGUCGGGACAAAUGUGCGGAUAUUUGUGGAGAUUGCAGAGCUGAAGGUGAUGGAGGGGUAGGUACUCUCGCGCGGGUUUAUAUCGGGGUAUCUAACGUAUCUAACGUAUUAUUGCCACGCAGGCUGAAAGUAAACACCGCUGGACAAUAGAAAAUACCGUUCGGUGUCGCUGAUAGUAAGGACUCCAGAGAAGGAAUCGAUGCUUUCAGGAUACCGUUUGACUCUUUGCUCAGGUCUGAGUCUUGACUUUCAGGGCCGGAGACAG